UUUGACUUUAGAAUUGAAUAAAACGUUAGCCUCUCUAUUUUCCUUUCCACCUCUUUGUUGUUUAUUAUUCAUCAUUGUCAAAUAAUUAUCAAUUAUCAUACCAAACAAGACACAAUCAUACAAGUUUGGUGCAACAAAACUAACUUUUCAAAUUUACAAAAACAACACAAAAAAUUUUAAUUGGGUGUGUUUCCUACAAGCAUGGGUCAUUUUUUUAUCACACGAUUUAAGUGGUUAUUUAUUGCUUGUAAUCAAGGUGUUAUGACAUAAUAAUAGCUUAGGCCCACACUAAUGGGGUGUGGGAUAUCUUUAUCUUGUUCACAACUCUAACAAUUGCACCCCUUUUGAAGUCAAAAGGGCAUUCUUUUAAACUCACAACCAAUCAAGACUUAUAAUCCAAACACGCUUUUAUUUCAUGGUACUCCACUUUUUAUCAAGACGUGAUUAGCACCCCAAAUUAAAUUAAUCUUGUUCUACACAAAAGAGAAUAAGGAAAAGUACAUAUACAAAGUAGUCUUUAACAAAUUAACAAAAUCUCUUUAUGUCUCUUUCUCUUUCUCCUAGUUGCACCAACCGUAAACAAACAAACUCUUGUUCCAAAACAAAACAAAAAGAGUAACAAACAUUCUGCUCCAUUCCAUUCCAUUCCUUAAACUCUACGUUGCUUUUUCACAUUAACUAAAUAUGACAGUGAAAGCAUUAGCUUCCUUGAAAUCCAAGCUUCUUAAACCAUGCAGGAAACUCUUUCCAAGCUUCAAAUUCAUCAAACUUAAGAAACCCGUCUUUAUAAGGGCUCUUAAUUAUCGUCAUAGAAACAACAAAGCCACAAAGUCGCCAAGAAAAAGGAAUCGAAUUACUUCGUUGCUAGCAACAGCUUUCGGUUCUAGCAGGAAGACAGAGGAGAUGAAAAGACUAGUUCAGCUCAAGAGUUUUUCUGACAGAGGGUCUGGUGAAGGAAUACUCUUUCCUUCGCCUCUCACCCCGGCUUAUCUAAAGGCUACCAAGGCAGCUGGUAAAAGGGUUGUUUCGGGUAUUGAUGAGGACGUCGAAGAUGCUUGCAGGAGUUUCGAGAACUACUUGGUGGAGAUGAUUGUUGAAGAACGAAAAGUGAAGGACUUGAUGGAUAUAGAAGAGCUUCUCUAUUGCUGGAGGAAUCUUAAGUGUCCUGUUUUUGUUAAUUUGGUUAGUAGAUUUUAUGGUGAGCUAUGCAAGGACUUGUUUUCUACUGACUCAGAUGGAGUUUAUGGCUCCCAAAAACUUUGAAACACUUAACCUUCUUAGUUCUUAAUUAAAACUUCACAUUUUCCUAUUCACUAAUAGUAUUUCAUCAAGCUUUUGUGUGUGCUUACUUUUGUUGUAUGAGAAUGUGAACACACAGAAUAUCUACCU